AUGCUCACUUAUUGGUGGUGCCAGCAAAGGAAUCGGGGGCCCCCUUUUCCGCCAUGGCAAUUACUGCUUGCUGCAACAUUCUUUUCGCAAUCACUUUUCUUUUAUUCGCCCACUCCUUUUAUUGCACUUUUCGAUUCUAAGAACAACUGCGAUGCUGUCGACGCUCAUUCUCGCCAAAUGAGGACACAUCCCAUGACACUAACCGGUGAGAGAGGGAAUCCCAACUCGGUGAAAGCGGAAUACGAGCCCAGGGUAUGA